AUGGAAGGAGGUAUUUUCCCUCCUCCACUGUAUCCUCCCUGCCCUCUUCUCCUGUACAAAAGCAGAACUGCAGCCACCUGGAAAGAGACAAUGAAACCGGAAAUGAAGAUUUUGGUAUACAUUGAAUACACUCCUCCUCUUGACAAUCCACCUCACAGAAAUUCAUCCAAUGAUUAUAUGAGGGUCUGGAAACAGACAAAACACAAUCUAUACCUCCAUGAGCUUUUGGAGAGGAAGGCUUCAAUCUGCAUUUGUGCCAUUUGCAAAAAGGAGGCAACUUGGUGA